AUGGGGGAGCGCAAAGGUCAGAAUUUUUAUUAUCCUCCGGAUUUCGAUUACAAGAAGCACAAAAAUUUGAACAAAUACCAUGGUACUCAUGCUUUGCGAGAACGAGCGAAAAAGAUUUUCGCAAGAAUCAUCGUCAUCAGGGGUUCGUUAUCUCUUAAAAAUUUCGAUUACGAGCUGGUGGAGGGAUGCACUCGACAAGAGAAGCGUUUCGAACCUACGGAUGUGGACCAAGUGAAUACGUCCGACAGUGCCUUCAGUCACAAGUUGGCGGCAGAUGCGAUGUUCAAAACGGAGCAUCAUGAAGAAGACAAAGGCAAGGCAACCAAUGACGAGGUUCGUAUGGAAAAAAUCGAAUGGGUCCAGGAAAGGCUGCGGGAUGAUUUCGCUGCAAACCAAGCUCUUCGAGCUCAGUUUAGAAAAGAAAAACGGGAACUGAAUGAGAAGAGAGCAAAAGAUGCGGAUCUUCGCGCCCGUUGUUCCCUGAGUAUACCUCUAGCGCCGGAGGACCCAAAUGACAAAAGAGUGGCGGAGAUGUUGUUGCGAUAUCGCGGAGUCAAUUCUCAUGACGAACAGCAGGAGCGCCGUAAUGAAGCUGCAGGUCGACGAAUAUUCCCAACAACUUCUGGUCCUUCCACAUCAAACGGCGAGCAAUCAAAUCUCCCAUCUGCGGAACGUUUGAAGGUUUCUAUUCGACGAAACCGUGACCGCCAAAUCAAUGACAAG